AUGAAGCUUUCGUUUUUGACAUUUUGCUGCCUUGUCGGCAUCGCUGCUUCAAUUACCUGCCCUGCUGGAUAUUUUCCAAUAGACUCCAUCUAUCUGUGCGUUGGCAGUCAGGAAAAUGCGGGUAACGGUUACUAUCACAACCAGAACAUGUGCCGGGCCGUCAACAGAAAGUCCGGGGAUUUGGCCGCACCGUACAAUGCUUUCCGGAACGCCGCGUUUGCCAAGAUUUCACUCCAAAAGUCGGGUGAUGCGAAGGCGAUGAUCGGUGUAAAGCGCGACGACCCAAGCGACGAAAAUUCACCCUACCUAUAUCCUAACGGAAUCCCGCUCACCUACUCCAAUUGGACCGCAUCCGAGCCGGCCAAAGGUACCGACUGUGUGGCGAUCGAUUCAAGCGGCCUCUGGUAUGGCGUGUCGUGCAACAGUAAAAUUCCCUAUCUAUGCCAGUUCACCGUGCAAGCC